AUUUGUUUAUAUGUCAAGCAAGUGAUGAAAUAUGUUUCGUUGUUGGUGUUGUGCGCCCACUCCUGACCAAUUGGCUAACGACGAUGAAAACAAACACGCAGAACUGAAAGAUAUUCAACUAUUCUCCACAGAAAACGAAGUCAACAGAAUGAAAGGUCCUUCCAUCAACAUCACUCCUCCAACACCAGAGGGCGCCACAGAUAAUUCUCGUGAGGAACGUCUUCAAGAAAAACUUCGCCAAGAAAAAGAGUUGUUGAACAGCAAAAGAACAACUUGUGGCAAAUUAACUACCAAUAAACAGCAACCUAGGCCUAGCAGCUUAGCCUGCGACUUUAUGACUCUUAAAACACAGCUUCAGACAGAACUAGAAAAGAAAGAAAAAAUUCGAAUUUAUGAGCGUGAGAAACACAUCCGUAAAAAACUAAGUAUUGAGAGAAAGGUAUUGAAAAAAGAACUUAAGGGAAAUAUUGAUACUACGCUCUAUUGUGAUAAUCCUUCCAAGUUAGAUUGUGAUAUCAAGGAAGUCUCAACAUAUUCUAGUGAGCACGUCUUUACAGGUACUGAUAAAGAAACUUGAUAUCGUUAGAUGUCGCUUAAUUAUAGUAAUCAAUGACGUUAUUACUCCAUCAAAAACUUUUAAUUUAUUAAAAAAAAAUUAAAAUAAUGAGUAAUUUGCUACAGGAUAAUUAUAAUUCCUGGAAAACCUUUAUAUUUUUCAAAGAAAAGACUUAACAUCAAAUGAAUAACUUAUUAAGAGGUAACUUAUAAGUCAUCGAAAGACCUAGUAAUUUUUUGAGAAAGGCAUCCAACAUGAACAUUAUGAAUUAAUGCAAAGUAAUUUGUAAUCCACCGAAAGUCUUGCUUGUUCAUAAAAAAGGCAUUUAAAGUACAAGUGAAAGUAGGAAUAUUUGAUAAUUAUACGAAUAUGACAUUCAAAUUCCAGCAGAUGUCCUUGUCCAUGAAGGAAAAAUGUAACGUUGCAAGAUAUACAUUAUCAGCAAUAGCGUUCAAGUAUACUUUGGGUGUUGCUCGCCUUUCUAAAGGAUGCAGAAGAUAUAGUCCCUGCCAUAAGAAUGUUUAUAAUACUAUUACACCACUUCUUGUAUUACCAAAACACUACAAACAGGAUCACGAGUCUUUGUUACUUUUCUCCGUAUUUUAUCCCACCAUCGGUAUAGAAGAAAGUUUGAACAAUUUGUUACAAUCUAAAUACCCGUAGCUACCAUUUCCUGUAUGACUCAGGAAUAGACGGGUUUUACAAGCUAGCUGCGUCCUCUGGUGACAAUAUAUGGAAUUAUGACGUCAUUGUCGCCUAAAAACGCGUCCCUAAAAACACGCUCUCUGAUGACAGUUUGUGGAAAUAUGACGUCAUCGUCUUUGAUGGCAUCACCCCUUCCCUGAGCGCACUCUGGCGGCGUGAUAUGCAAGUGCAGGGAUAACUACUUACAACUUAUAUAAAAGAGAACAAUACAUGUAUGCGUACAUAAACCCAAACAGCCAUGGUGAUCCUCAUUGUGUUUCACCCUGAAAUAGUUUUCAUUGCUAACGUUCACUAUAGGUGAGAAGAAAAUGUCAUCAGAACUUAUAGGUAUUUUAUAUUAUGUUUUACAGAUAAUGAUCUAGAUAUACAUGCAUACAAAAAUCGCCCUCUGGAAGAUAAGUGACGAUUGUAAGUUCUCAUAUUUUUAAAACCUUAAAAUAUUCUUACUAAUUAAUAUUAUCACAUAUCUAAAAC